CCAAACCCUUUCACCUCCAUCCUGCCUUGCCCAGUCCACGUUCCCCGUGCCCUAUUGUCCUCGAGGCAGGCACAAUGUGUUGGAAUGAUGGCUAAGGGCUUUCCCUCGUUUCGGAUCGGCCGCUGCUUUGGAAUCUCCAUCAACUCUUCUCCAGCCACAUGCUGCUCCAUACCCAUACCCGCAGCUCCGCGUGCCUCUGCAGGAUCUGGUCCGAGAUGGCCACUAUCACCGACCUCCCUCGCGCCCUCGAGUUUUCAUUCUGCUCACAGCCAGCGAGAAUGGCAACCCUUCGGUCGAAUCGCAUACAAUAAUGCGACCAAUGCCCCGACAUGUGCCUGGCGCCAUCCUUUGCCGCCUCGGAACCCUUGCGCCGAUCGCAUAAACACCCCGCUGACCCCUCGCAUUGCUAUUCGCAAUGUAAAAUGCACACCGACAUGGCCGGCAAGGUCAUGGCAGCAUAGAUUCUACAGUGGGAACAGUCAUGGCAAUGCGUCGAGGUGUUCCUGUGGCAAGGAAAUCGCAGUCUCCCCCACCAGGCAAUCCAAGACGACCCAAGACCUACAGAAGGUCAAGGCUUCCACAUUAAACGAAACGGCCAAAGAUGCUUCGAAACAAUCCCCUGACCAACCGAAGCCAGAUGCUUCUGCCUCGGACUCCGAGUCAAUCGCAUCCUAUAUGUCAUAUCUACAUCUACCAAGGAUGCCCCACCGGCCUACCAAGGAGGAGUUGCUUGAGGCUGCUAAUGGCUUUUGGGAGCGCCUCAAGGUUCGGUUAAAGUGGGUGUCCAUUAGAAGCAUGAGGCCAUGGAACAUCGAUGAAUGGGGAGCAUUUGUUUCAUGGUUCUUGUUUGGCCAUCUUGUCUGGAUUCUCUUGGGAACAACAACCUUUUUCUCUCUCAUCAUCCUCUCUAUCAACACCGUCUUUGCUCAAGAAACAUUGGCUCAAUGGGUGGGCGAUUACCUCACACAGUCUGCCGGUGUCACCGUUGUCUUCGAGUCCGCUAUUGUUCCCAAAUGGCGCGAUGGCGUCAUCUCAUUCCGAAAUGUGUUUGUUUCUCGACGUCCUGGCCAGGGCAGCGUCUCGUCCGUGAGCAAGGGUUCAUCAGACGCUGCUGCUGAGGCGGCUGCUGGUCGACAAGCCAAUCUGGAGAAGGUGUCUGAGUCCGAGGACGAGGAGGACGACGGGAACUACACCCAAUUCGACGUCACGUUUUCGACCGUCAACGUCACACUUUCCUUCCUAAACUGGUGGAACGGAAAAGGCCUAUUAAAGGAUGUUGAGAUCAAGGGUGUGCGGGGUGUCAUUGACCGUACGUCAGUGACCUGGCCGAUCGAGGAGCUUGACCCCUUGUCGUACCGUCACAAGCAUCAGCCAGGAGACUUUGAGAUUGAAAAGUUCAAGAUGGAGGAUCUCCUGCUUACUGUCCACCAACCGGGUGGCUUCAGGCCCUUCUCGGUCAGCAUCUUUUCAUGCGAGCUGCCUCAACUCCGGAAACAGUGGCUCUUCUACGACUUCCUCUCAGCAAACCACAUGUCGGGAUCUUUCGAUGGCUCCCUUUUCACGAUCCACCCGCGACAAGUCCACGGUGUCAUUCCCAGUGGCAACGGCGAUCCGGACGCUACACUUGGCUUUGGUGAUCCCAAGGCGUGGAAGAAGUUCAGCAGGCUCCGAAUCGAUGGCUUGAAGAUCGAUCACCUUAACCGCGGAGUUGAGGGGCCUUUUGGCUGGAUCUAUGAGGGAAAUGUCGACAUUGUCGCCGAUGUCAUGUUCCCAGCGGACACUGAUGAGAGCAUCACCAAGGUCAUGACCGACUUUUACGACCAGCUGGAGGAGGUUGUCAUCUCGAACCGUCACCGCUUUAUGCGCAACAUUCAAGAGCAGGGCCCUGCCCUCCUCACCAGCGGCCAUCUCUCAGAUUCAGCCGGUGAUAUUCAUGGCGAUAUCGCGACCGAGGAAUCACAGACAAGCGAGGACGAGCGCCGUUACUUGAUCAUGGAUCUCCGCAUCCACCUCAACGACGUCAAGGCUGCAGUGCCUCUCUUCACCAAGGACAUGUCGUACGUGAAUCAGGCCCUCGUCCGGCCCAUCGUUGCCUACAUCAACGCAAAGAAGACCUACAUCCCCAUCAACUGCCGCAUCGUCAAGCGCGCCAGCGACUUUGAUGGCAGCUGGUCCAUCUUUGACUGCGGCCUCAUGAAUGACAUGUCAGCCGAGACCUACGACGCCUUUGCUAGGGACGUUGAGAACCAGCAGAGCCGUGUCCGCCGGUUCAAGAAGGUUGGCUUCUGGACCCUGUCCCUUGCCGUCCACGCACUCUUCAUGGGCAUGGCGGGCAACGUGGUCUGA